AUGUCAUCUGAUUCUACAAAGCGCCAGGCCACGCCGCCCGCUAAGGCGAUCGCGAUAGACUUACCGCCCGCGCUAUGGUCAGCCAAAAAAAUACCGCAUACGCCCGAGUUUGGUGACCCAUACAAACUGAUAGGAGACUGCUAUGAACGACCCUCGGUAGCGGAUGAAUGGGAGAUACCAGAUCCGAGGAGCGAAAGACUACCAUAUCUUGCGCACAUAAAAUCUCUCUCGACGACAUGGAAAACUUUGCGUCAUCUAGCGGACUGGAUGCAAGUCGGAACUACGCCAUUGCGUUGGAAUGAACUGAAGAACCAACCAAAGGAGCGGGAGCGCCGUGCGAACAAGACCAAUAUCACGUUUAUUGAAUAUAAACCGGCCACGAUGCCGACGACUACACCCAUCACUACAUCAAUAGCGCUCAAAGAGACCCUACAUGCGCUUGCACACGACAAUUCCAAGGAACUCCCUCUCAGAUUGUUCGUCGUGGAAGACCUCUCGCAGCAAGUCAUUGAGCUUCUGGGGUCACGAUUUGACAUCGACCCACUUUUCUUCCGCGAGCAAAUCGACGACUACGUGUGGCAUAAUACCCGCGAUCCCUGGGCUCAGCCGCCAAGUCUCAAAUCGAAUAUGAAGCAUCGCCAGUGGUUUCGGAUGCGGAACAUGCGGCUACGAUACCUCACCUCCAAGGAAAUAUUCAAGCAAUCGCGACUAGAGGCGAACAGCUGGAAUGUCCUUCGCCGACCAGAUAAUGAUGAAAACCACUGGCACUAUCAAGAUAGAGAGGGUGCGGUUGUGUCCAUCAUGCGCACACGCACCACGGUGUGGAUUGGAAAGGAUAAGAAGUGUGGCAACGGGACUGUCGGUAUCGUCCUUUUAGAUCCAACCGUCUCGCAGGGUCAGCCACUCUGGUACGAUCGCACCAAUUGGCUUCCCACGCCCAAAAUGAACACCAAGUCGAUUCCUUCCAUAAAAUCCUCCGUGUCCUGGUACGAAGACAUUGUCCAAAUGACAGCCGCGUUCCCUUGGUUUGAAGUUACCGAAGGACACGAGAUCAACGCUCAGGUUCUUGCUAAGCCGACGAUAUACACCAUCUGCGCCGAAUGGCUCAUUGUGUGCGACUACGUCAAAGCUCGACUCAGUCAGAUCGAAUGGGAACUCGAGAUGCCGCGACUCUUCCGCUCAAAAGGCGACGCGAUUGACACCUCGCUCAGACGUCUUCAUACCUGGCGCCGCCAAAUCCCGGUGUUCAGAGAAAUGGUCACCGAGACGAUUGAACAAGCCCUCCCAACUGCAGCGCGACUGACCUCCCCAUCAUCUCAUUCUUCCGCCGCGCCAAUUUCACCAACAUAUUCAACCCGCACAACAUGGUCCGCCCCCGUGGUAAUCAACUUCGACAGCGUAGACGGCUUCGAAGACAUCAUCCCCGAUUUCCGCCGCGUUCUGGCCAUCGUCAAUGAACUGCAGGAGCGCGUCGAUCGCCUCACGAGUAUCGUGACGUCUGAAAUAUCCAUCGAGGACUCUCGGCGCGGCCUAGAAGAGAACCACAACAUGGCGCGCAUAACCUGGCUGGCAACGAUUUUCAUUCCACUGACAUUUGUGUCGGGCUUGUAUAGUAUGAACGAGAGUAUUUCGGCGCUGAAGUCGACCUACGGAUGGUACUUUUUGACUGCGAUUCCGUUCACGUUGAUUGUCAUGGCGAUUGGAUGGGUUGCGGGAGGUGGGAGUUUGGCACCGUGGCGAUUGCAGAAUACGAAACAAAAGGGGAUGAUCGGGGGGCGAGAUAACAAGAAGGCAAAAUGA